UUCCUAAUGGAAGCACAACGUUGUUUGAAAUCGAGGUUUGAUGGUUAAACACACAUGUUUGUGGCUUGCCAUCAAAAUCUAAACAACUUCGGAGUUUUUUACAAUUUUCCCCUCAUUUCUUUGUCCUUUUGGUGCUUUUUCAAAACCCAAAGAAGCAGAGGAAUAUCCUUAGCUAACCAAACACUUGGAAAUUUGGCUAUUUGAGGGUAAAAAUGUCCCACGAUCAUCAUUAUCGUGUUUAUUUGGGUCGGUUGCCGUACGGAACUAGAGAGAGGGAUAUCGAAAAGUUUUUGCAAGGAUGCGGCAGAGUUCGUGAUAUCAACUUGAAGAAUGGCUUUGGAUUUGUGACUUUUGAUGAUCCCCGCGACGCCAGAGAUGCUGUAGCAGAUUGUAAUAAUCGAGAGUUGCUUGGAGAAAGAAUUCUAGUUGAGGCAUGCCGUGGAUCAAGUUCCCGAGGGUAUAGCGGUGGACCACGGCAAACCAGGGGUAGAGACAAAUAUGGUGCUCCAAUUCGCACACCAUGGCGUGUUCUUGUUGAAAAUCUAUCCACUAGAGUCAGUUGGCAGGACUUGAAGGAUUACGUCAGACAAGCUGGUGAUGUUACAUAUGGCGAUGCUCACAGACCUACCAAAGGAGAGGGAGUUUUGGAGUUUGCAACACAUUCAGACGCACGAAAUGCAGUCAGAAAGUUGGAUGGUACGACUUUGAACGGCAAGAAAAUACGCCUCAUUGAUGACAGUCCGAAAAGCAAGCAUUCUCGUUCUCGAAGUCGCUCAAGGUCUUCGUCACGUUCAAGACGUCGUCGUAGCCACUCUAGAUCCAGAUCCCGCUCCAAGUCUCGCUCCAGGUCUCCUUCCAAGCCUCGUUCCAGAUCUCGGUCGAAGAAUCGCUCCAGGUCACGUUCCAGGUCUCGUUCCAGAACUCCCAACUCCAGGUCUCGUUCAAGAUCCCCAAGACGGUCACGGUCGAGAAGUCGUUCCAGCUCCCAUUCACCUCGUAACCAGUCUCCAACCAAAGACAACCAAAAUGGUGAUGAUGCUGGUGAUUAAAUGCAUCUUCAAUCAACAACUGUACUGUCAUAUGUUUGCACAUUUCUCUGUGAUUUAACCUUGUUCAAUGUUCAGUUUAGUUAAACAAAAACAAGUCUGCUCGGAUUAUACACUGGAUAAUAGUGGCUGUACCUGACAAAACAAUUUUCAUUAGAAAUUAAUUCCCACAGAACCUUAAAGGCUUCAGUUUGUAUUAAGUUUUAGAUGAAUUAGUGCUUGGGUGUUAGGCCUUUUAAAGUUAUUUUUUGGACUGGUAUAGUUGCUUUGACCAGUGUAUUAUCUGAUCAAUCUUGCUUACCGAAUACCCACAUGAGCAGAUUGCAUGGCCUUGUUAACAUUUUUUUUCCUCUUACAAUAAUUUUAAUGUUCAGUUGUAAAUAAUUGUGUUACGUUAGGAGAGCAUGAAAAUGCCCUUUUUUAGGGUAGUCUUAACCCAAUCCAAUGGUAACAAUAGUUGUCUCAAUAGAAUAGGUUUUGUAACCAUAGUUUGACCAAAAAGAGAAUUGAACUCAGAGCACUUUGGCCUACCACUGGUUAAACGAUAAAAAUACAAUUUUAAAAACAUUG